UAUCAUAUUUAUAUGAUUGCAGCUGGCAAGAGCUGGCUCUCAUAAGACUAAACCCCAAUCCACUCCAUUUCUUUCUGUCUGUCUUAGGUGUCUCUCUCUCUCUGUCUCUCUCUAUCCAAGUUCUUAGGUUCUUCUUCUUCUUCUUCUUCUUCUCUUUGUCCCAAUGUGCCUGGUUUUAAAGAACAAGCGGUUCAAUCCAAAUUAGGGUUUUAUAGUCUCAGAAGUGAACAAAUCCAAAAAGGAAUAGAGGAAAAGAAAAAAUGAGUGCUUCAAGGUUCAUCAAGUGUGUCACGGUGGGUGACGGUGCCGUCGGCAAGACUUGCAUGCUUAUCUCCUACACCAGCAACACUUUCCCUACGGAUUAUGUGCCAACCGUGUUUGAUAAUUUCAGCGCAAAUGUGGUUGUGGAUGGGAGCACUGUUAAUUUGGGAUUGUGGGACACUGCUGGGCAGGAAGAUUAUAACAGAUUAAGACCUUUGAGCUACCGAGGUGCAGAUGUUUUCCUGCUUGCUUUCUCUCUCAUAAGCAAGGCCAGCUAUGAAAAUGUUGCCAAGAAAUGGAUUCCUGAAUUGAGGCAUUAUGCACCUGGUGUACCGAUAAUUCUUGUUGGGACUAAGCUUGAUCUUCGGGAUGACAAGCAGUUCUUUGUUGAUCACCCUGGAGCCGUGCCCAUUACCACAGCUCAGGGGGAGGAACUGAGGAAGCUGAUAGGUGCCCCGGUUUACAUUGAGUGUAGUUCAAAAACACAGCAGAAUGUCAAAGCAGUAUUCGAUGCGGCCAUCAAAGUGGUUCUCCAGCCACCUAAACAGAAGAAGAAGAAGAGAAAGACGCAGAAGGCCUGCUCCAUAUUGUGAUUAUGAAAAGAGACCAUAAGUUGGGAGGAUAGUGGUGACCAAUUAACCCUCUAAAUCAAUUAGUCUUUCUUGGUCAGUAUUGCGUCUCAUAUAUUUUUCUCACCUGGUGAAUGCAGCAAUCUAUGGUUCACAGUUUUCAACAGGCAGAACUAGGAAGCUCUCUUUAAUGCAACCAAAUGUUCACAUCAUCUGAUUUGUAUAUUAAUGAAUCAAAUUUGUGUUGGUUUACAUUUCUUUUGGGGGUUAUAGAUAUUCUUAAUGUAUCUAUACCCUCUAUGAAAUACUGAACUUUUUUUCCUAGAGUAGGCAAACUUAUAGUCAUGUUCUGUAACCUCAUUUUAGUCAACUUACAACUCUUAAGAAUUCCUUUUCUUAUA